AGAGAGAGAUGAAUGGAGGAGAGGUUGUGAGUGGCAUUAGCGAAAGCUGAUCAUACCUCUGUAUGCCUUCCUACCCGGGCUCCCCUGAUCUGCUCGUUGGAUCGAUGGAUGUGGUCCCACUGCCAGUUGCGACUUCGAGACCGAGUUCACCCCUGUUUCAAGAUGGUAUACAUCCCUCACAACCAUUAAAGUUCAUCCUUGCACCAUUUACCUUGACUUCCUUGCUCUCCAUAGUACCCAUCCUUGUUUCUCCACCUGUUCCCUUGCCUAGUCUUCGCUGUUAUUAUAACACCCUUGUUUCCUUGUUCCUCCCCUUGUCACUUGCCCUGUUCAUCACUCGUUUCUUUGAUCCCACUUAUUGCUAUUACAAUCCCCCACAACUACUGCAAUUUAUUCGCGCACCUUUUGCCUUGACCCUCCGGCUCUCCCUUACCCACUUCCUUGUUUAACUUGCGUCACUUUGCCAUCCCUGUUUAUAUCUCACCUGACCCUGGCACCCUCAACCCCGCUACCCCUUCCUAUGCCGAGUUCGCUCGCUUGGCCACAAAGGAAUUCAGCCCGCUAACCUCAAGGAACACCUCCUCAGCUAUAUCGUACUCUUAAAACGGACGACCCUCACCACCACGGAGGACCCUUUAUGGUCUCAACAAACUGUUGAAGUUAGGUGCUGCAAUUGAGCAGCAACCCUUUUUAAAUAAGGAAAAAAGAGAAGGAAGACAGG